UACCUACUCGAAUCGAAUAAUUUGAUAUUGGUUCACCGUAGGAGUCGACAUGGAUGAUAAUGACAGUGAGCCGAGUCAAAGUUCUAACAGAGGAAGCUAUUAUUUCGGAGAAAAUGUGUUAAGUGAUUUUUGGUCCUCAAUGAAUAGAUUUAAUCAUGAAAGCGACGACUCAGACUCUCUCAGUUCUGACAGUAGUAAAUCAUCCACAUCAUCUUACGACUUCAGAAACAUUAAUAAAAUACCGACAACUGUACCUAGAUUAGAAACAAUGGCAUCAAUUCGCGUGGCAAUCGCUCUAUGGAAUCAUGCUGCUGUCGCGAUACCAGGAAUACUCUCUCAUUAUCGUGAAUGGCAGUCGAAGGUGUGCGACGAAGUAGGCAAAUGGAUAGAUGCAUUACCUGUGGCCAAACCGAUUGCUAAAUGUUUGAAUCAACGUUUUGAUAGAGUGAAGUAUGACGUAAAUUGCUGGAUUCAUUACCACUAUUAUGUCGUAUUUUUCGAAGAUAAAAAGAAACGUUUUCUGUACCGAUAUAUCGAUGGUAUCGUUUGGCGUCUUAGUGACGUGAACUCGGUGAAUUUCGCUGAAACUGCUCGAAAUUUAUUAAAAUCUGAUAAAUUGACCAACGUGGAGAAGUUUCGUUUGGCAAGUACGUAUUGCCUGCGAGAAGAAGCGCUGAAAAUAUGGUCCACUAUACAAGAGGAUGAUAUCGACUCUGUUUUCUUUGAUCCUGUGAUCGUUUAUUGGAAAUGUUACUGCUCCGGAAAAUGGGAUGAGCUCUCGCGGGAAAAUGCCGACCAGUACAUGAUUGGGCGAAAGAACGCCAACUGGUCACAAAUCGAGUAUUUUUUCCAUCGCUUGGAUACUGAACAACAAGUUGAAAAAACGAUUUCGUUGAUCGAACAGCAUGGUAUACGUUUUCAAGAAUUAUUAUUGCUGAAAUUGAACGAAACUCAGCGUGUGGAAGUUCUCACGAAAAAAGGUACCGAUAUUUUGUUUAACUACGCGAGGGAGUGCACAGAAGGUGAUAAGUGCAUCGCGAUAUGGCACGAGGUUUGUGAUUUAAUCACUCAAGAACAAUUCGUUUCCUUAUUUAGCGAUCUAUUGACCUCCUACAGCGAAACCUUGGUUUUAACUGAAAUUUGGAACACUGCUCGCAAUGAUUUCAAGCGUCAUAUUUUAAAUCAUGACAAUUAUAAUUUCAUCAAAAAAGUAUUCAAAUGGUUCUCCUUCAAACAAGAAAGAGGGCUCACUUUUGUAACAUCAUUGUUUUCGGAUGACGCUAUUGUAAAUAUUAAACGAAAAAUCACGAAGGAGCAAUUUUUCAACGAACAGUGCAUAAAUUUCUUAGCACGGCCAUACCGCAUAGGACAGGACGAAUUGCUCUACAAAUUCGUAGAAUUAUUUUAUCCAGAAGCAGCAGAAUCGACGGAAUUCAAAAGGUCUCUUGUUCAGAACCCGUAUUUUAGCGAACGUUGCGAAAGGUUCAUUUUUGAUAAUGACAUUGCAGCGUUCGUAGAAUUGUUCAACUUUGGCUUUUCCAUAUGUGAUCCAGAUCCUUCAUCGUCGCAAUUUCUACGCCGAACGUUGAGCGAGCAUUUGCAGAAUUUUGAUACCAUCUGUUUGAGAUGUUAUGCGUGUGGAGAUUUAGAAAGGUUGAAUGCUUUGCUGGCUCCGCUCAUAUCAUCGUAUCCAGAAAUCGUUUCCGAGUAUAAAAAAAAUAUUCUCUUCUCGAACGCAGGUUUGCUAACUUGUGUAGAUCAUUUUCAUUCAAACAAUUCUGUCUUGUCUAAAAUCAUAGCUGAUGGUGUGCCAACUAAUUUGAUACCGGAGUUUAAAAGAAGAAUGAUUUUUUCACCCGAAGGAAUUCGUAAAUUGGAGCAAUUGAUUGUUGAUGGGCAAUCGAAUACUGUGAAAAAGUUGAUAAACUGGUGUCUUCAAUCGGGAAAGGCUAGAAAAAAGUUGAAGAAGCUAUUGAAGAUUGUGUGAGGGAAACAAAUUUCGCAUUUAUUAUCUUUAAACAAGAAAAAAAAUCAUCGUAUGCAUUUUGUUUGUAUGGAGUAGGGACUGUUUUAUGUGUUUGUAAUAAAUUAUUUGACUGACCAUGAGAAAGAAAUUAAUCUAUUGAAAUUAUCAAUUAAGUUUUAGCUGUAGUGUUUCAUGAUUCGUCUUCUGUAAUAUUUAAAACAAUAAAACUAAUUAUCA